AUGGUAACCAGACAGCGUGUACUGAUGUCGACCAGCAGUGAUGCUGGCCUUGAUGAGAUGUCAGCUCGAGUCAAGUAUCUUGAGGGGAUUCUGAAGCACAAAUCGUUUAACGUACCCUUGGACAUUGAUAGCCUGAGGCGGAAAUACAAUGAACUCAGAAGCCCAAGACGAUCUGUCAGCAAUGCUCGGUCAGAGACUGCUGAGGAUGAAGACGAUCUCAACAUUGAAGACGAGUCCAUCGAGAUCCGGCCGGUCGACCACAACGUCACCCAUUAUUCGGGCGAAUUCUCGUACUGGAAUUUCUCAAUGAAAAUCAAGAAGCAUGUCGAGGAGUGGAUCAACAACCCGCAAGAUCGUAAAGGAUCCAAGGACCUGCCCGAAUACUGGAGACCACAGGAGCUGAGUACAGGCUCAAGCAAUAUCGGCACAGCGCUCCAAUCUUUACCGCCGGUCGACAUCGCCAAUUUUCUAAUCAAGGUCUUCUUCAAGUAUGCUCAACGCAAUUACUUCUACGUUUACAAACGCUGGCUUCUCAAACAAGUCCACCUUGCAUACCACGAGGCGUGGAGACUGAAAGAUCCUGGUUCCGUUGCCAUUAUUUUCGCCGUCCUGGCAGUCGGAACGCAAUACGCCCACAUGGAUGCUGGGCAUGCCGAUAAGGAUGCCAUUCCUUCAGAAGACGAAGUCGGGGCCAUGUUCUAUCAAACAGCUACAAGGCUACUUCCAGAAAUCAUUCAGACAUCAUCGUUGGAGAGCGUCCAGGCUGUCACCUUACUUGGUCUGUACGCCCUACCUCUCGAUGCCUCUGGUCUAUCGUACGUCUACUAUAGUCUGGCCAUACGAUUGGCGAUUCAGAACGGGAUGCAUCGAAAGUACCAAGGAACGGAGUUGAGCGCUGUUGCUGUCGAGACAAGAAACCGGGUGUGGUGGACAGCAUGUUCAGUUGAAAAGAAGAUUGGCAUCUUCCAUGGCCGGCCUAUGUCCGUCCUGCGCUCAGAUGUUGAUGCGGAUUAUCCGAAGGAUAUCCAGCAGAUGCCCGACGACGACGGACCUCUAAGCAUUGAGCGCAUGGUCAUUUCCAUCAAGCUGAUCAACUACCUCGAAGACUUUAUGCUUGAGAUACAGCAGCUGCGGAAACGCGACCGAAAAGAGUUGACUGGCAUUAUCCUACGACUCACCGAGAUGAAGGCCGAGCUCACAAACUGGUGGGAUUCGAUACCCGAAACAGCUUUCAAUGUUGAUCCGUCGACCGACGGACAGGCAUAUCGUUCUUGUAUUCACCUGCAGCUGCUCUAUUGCCUGACUCGGAUGUUCAUUGGACGGCCCUUCUUGUUCACCGGCGGUCGGCUGUCAGAAGAAAGUCCCCGGAGCCCCCCGGAUACAAGAAAGUCGCAGUCACAAUCAGACCAUACAUCUAAACAGCGCGAAGGCUCUACUACAUCCACAACCGACGGGAAGAAGCGACCAUCAAGACGUCUUGCAUUGGUUGAAAACACAGUCAACGCGGCGGUAGAGGCUUUGGAGCUCUGUCGAGGCCUAUACGACGGUAAUGAAGGUCUCGCUAGAGCGUCCUACAUCGAAUACAGCUCCUGUCGUGCAUCCAUGCUUGCACUGAUCGCGUACUCGAUCCAGGAGCAGACGGAUCAGUACCGGGUGAUUAUGCAGAAGGGUCUUGAAAUGAGUCGCGAAAUGUCUGCAGCUGGCGAGUCCGCCAGAGCAGAGUCGACCCUUAUUGAAGCGCUGGAGCGAGCGGUCGCACGCCUUCAGAUGUUCGGGCCUGGCUGGCAGCGUCGUGAGGUCCGACGUGAGAGUGCCGCACAUAUUCAGCAAACACCUCAGGUCUCCAACUACGAUCGAUUCAGAAACUGGCAGCAAACACGCAAAAAGGGCAGUGGCCCACAAUCGGGGAAUCAAACUCCCAGUAUGCCGCCUCCCACCUCUGCAUGGGAUCAGCAACAGCCGCAGCUUCACAACAAUCCGAACGCGGUGCCCAUGGAGAGUAUGUAUGACCAGUCAAGCCCGUUCACCGGAAGCGACGCCACGGGGUACAUGAUACCCAACGCGCCCAGCAUUAGCGACGGCGAUUCCACUGGCUUCGGCCUGAACUCCGCGGCAGAGGCAGCCUUCUUUCAGACACUCAACGGAAUGGGAGAUGUUACGCCGUCAGCAUCGGGAGUGAACGGCUGGUUGACUCAGGCGAGGCCUGAGAGGCAGGUCCUCGACCAUUUUCUGGCCAUGCCGGAAGGCGACGUUGAUACUGUUGGAAUGGGAUACGCAGGCGCAGGCCAGCAAGGGUUUGGCGGUGGCACGUCGUGGUAUGAUUUACCGGGAGCGGGACAUGGGAGCCAUUUACCGGGAUUCGGCGGGUGGUAA